UGACAUCACACCAACUGACUUGACACAGAAGGGAAACACGAUCGUAUUCUGUGGUGCGGUGGUGGAAAUCAACUAAGUCGUGUCCUUGUUUGUGUCUACUAGUACCACAGUGACGGUAACACAGCCGCCUGAGUGUCCGCGCUGUGAGUGAUUAUCCUCGGACACCUAGAAGGGCGGUGUGCCCUGCACCCGUUCGUGCGUGUGGGGGAGCGUGAGUGGCACUUACCGGCACGUGGAACCGCUUUCUCCUUGGGUGACCUACACGCAGCGGGCUGAGCACCCUGCCGCGGGGUCGGGGGAGCCGCAGAGUCCGUAUUCGCAUUUCCACGCACUUCGGGCCGACUUGUGGAGCGGCUGACACGGGUCACAUUUCCACCACGGCCGAGAGUGGAGAGGAGGGAGCCGCGGUGGGGGGUGGCUGAAGUUUGAGGAGACUGGACAUCAAGUGGACAUUCGACAAGGGUUUCGUCCCAUGAUGUACACCAUCACCAGAGGGCCCAGCAAACUCGUUACACAACGGAGGACGACAGGCCCCACGCAACAGAUUGAGAGUAAAUUCGCCGAAUUGAAGCUCAAUUCCACGAAGUGGCUCCCGUCUAACACUCCACCUCCAAAGCUUGUGUUCAACCGUCUCAAUGGGAAGCGUUACCACGUUGCAUCUGUGCAGAAGGUCCACAGCCCGGCAGAGGGAUUCACUCCAGCACACGAGGAGAACGUCAAAUUUGUCUAUGAAGCAUGGCGGCAGGUGGAGCAAAACCUGGGAGGUGAAGACGACAGGGAAUCGACGGGCCGCCGGGGGCCCGUUCAGUACACAGAGAAGACCCCCAAUGUUGUCAUGAAGACAGAUUUUGUUCCCAUCGACUUGGAGGAGUGGUGGGCUCAGCGCUUCCUUGCAAAUAUUGCAGACCUGUCCUGACUGCUUGGAGGAACUGAAACACGACAGGAUGCAAUGGGCCGGUUAUUCAUCGGCGAAGGUGCCGCAAAGGUCAAUAGGAGAGUCACUUAGGGCUUCAGGAUGCUCCGUGUGAAGCAUUGUCCGCCAUUUGGAGCUUGAUGUGAAAUCUGAAGCUUCACGCUGCUUAAAGAACUGAGCACCAAACAGCCAAGACGUACGUAAUGUGUCGCAGCAAAAAAGGCCCUGCCUUCUACUUGAAUGACAUAUUUGAUAGAAGCUUUUCUUGUUGCAAAAGCUUCCCUCGUUCCUCAAGUGUGCUCCGCUCUAUCUACCCACUGGCUCAUCUGUGGAUCUGAAUUUACCAAGGAGCACAAGUAAAAUGAGUUUCAAAACAUUCAACAACUUUCA